GUGAAGUCAUUUAAAUCAGGUUCCAUUCAAAUCUGUUCGGAAGGGCUUCGGACAGUUAAAUGCCCCUUUUCGCGCGAAUAACGUCGAAAAACGUGCUGUAUGUAGUCGCAUUUUAUGUCACUGUUUCCAAUGGUUCAGCACUGGUUUGAGAGACUGCAGUAAACCCGGAGCUCAUUGACAGCUAUGAUAAAAACUUUAGUUUAUCUGAAUUGGAGCGUGCCGGUGUGACCGAGUAUGGAAUUGAUACGGGAAUUAUCCUCUCAAGAGCUCGUGUAACCCACAUUCAUCCAUUAGCCCGGCGAAUAUCUUCCGCGGAGGGAGCGGAGCCUCCGUUAGCCUCACUGUCCCCGCUAGCUGCGGUGUGAGGGAGCCGAGCGGUCUUUCUAGAACAAGUGGACAAACCUAACCCUCUGCUCGGUCCUGAGGGUGUCAAGCUCGGCUGUGAUAUUAUCAGCGGACAAGUAGAGACACCUGGCUCUCUAUAUCUCCCAUGGGCGAAGACAAGGAGGGGUUCAGCGGCCAGACUCGCCACGGAGAAAACGAAGAGCCGGGAGAGACCGGAGCGCCUCUGGACCCGGCCGGAGAGAGGAGGUAUGCGGAGCUGUUCAGCCAGCUGGACCUCAAUAAAGACGGCAGAGUGGACAUCAGUGAACUGAGGACCGGACUGGCUGCUCGGGGGUUACACCGGGGGGAGGCAGAGGAGAUAGUCCUGGAGAGCGACAUCAACCGCGAUGGUUUACUGGACUUCCACGAGUUCUCCCAGUACCUGUGGGCUCAUGAGAGGAGGCUGUGGCUCAUCUUCAACAGCCUGGACUGCAACAAGGAUGGUCGAAUCGAUGUGGGGGAGAUCCAGCACUCCCUGCACAGGCUGGGUGUGGAGGUCAGCAUGGAGCAGGCCUCCAGGAUACUGCAGAGUAUGGACCGGGACGGCACCAUGACCAUUAACUGGAAUGAGUGGCGAGAUCACUUCCUGUUCAAUCCUUUCCACAACAUGGAGGAGAUUGUCCACCACUGGAAACACUCCCAUAUGUAUGACAUUGGGGAACAUUUGACGGUACCGGAUGAGUUCUCGGAGAAGGAGCGGCGGUCCGGUCUGGUGUGGAGGCAGCUGGUUGCCGGGGCGAUGGCGGGGGCGGUGUCCCGGACAGGAACCGCUCCUCUGGACCGCCUGAAGGUCUUCCUGCAGGUGCACGGCUCUACCUCUCGGGGGGUUAACCUGUGGUCUGGCCUGACGGGUAUGAUCCGAGAGGGGGGGGUCUCCUCACUGUGGAGGGGAAACGGCAUCAAUGUCCUCAAGAUCGCCCCGGAAUCUGCCAUAAAGUUCAUGGCCUAUGAACAGAUCAAGUGGCUGAUCCGAGGGAGGAAGGAGGGAGGGGUUUUGAGGGUACAUGAGAGGUUCAUUGCUGGCUCUCUGGCAGGAGCCACCGCCCAGACCAUCAUCUACCCCAUGGAGGUUCUGAAGACGCGUCUGACUCUAAGGAAGACAGGACAGUAUUCUGGGAUGGCUGACUGUGCCAGACAGAUCCUGAAGAGGGAGGGGGUCUGGGCGUUCUACAGGGGCUACCUGCCAAACACACUGGGCAUCAUCCCCUACGCUGGCAUCGACCUGGCUGUGUAUGAGACUCUGAAGAAUGCCUGGCUGCAGAGGAACGGUGCAGACUCAUCAGAUCCAGGUGUGCUGGUUCUGCUGGGCUGUGGCACCAUCUCCAGCACCUGCGGCCAGCUGGCCUCCUACCCCCUCGCCCUGAUCCGCACACGCAUGCAGGCCCAGGCCGCUUAUGAGGGCAAACCCAAGCUGACCAUGGUGGGCCAGUUCAAACACAUCAUAUCCCAUGAAGGAGUCCCAGGACUGUAUCGAGGCAUCACCCCCAACUUCCUCAAAGUAAUUCCAGCUGUCAGCAUCUCCUACGUGGUGUACGAGCACAUGAAGAAAGUCCUCGGAGUGGCUUACUAGACGGAGACGAAUAAUAGAGACUCCUGACGAGAAGGACAGAACAGGGUUGAUUUUAUCGUGAGGGUUGAGUUUAACUCCACAAUGAAAACCCAUCAGCUGUCAUCACCUUUGGAUUCCAAACCUUGCUCCAAAGUAGAUAAUAUCACCAUUUUUCAAAAAUGAUCCCCUUCCUCUGCCAACCAGUGAGAAGAGCAAAGGUUAAAACAUGCAGAAAAUAUUUAGUUUAAAGGGAAGUGAGGGAAGUUAAGAGAGUCUGCUGGAGCUUUAGGCCUGAGAGUAGUUUUGAAAUGGCUGAUUUUGGAAAGAGAACAAAGGUAUUCCUCGUUUUGACUAACGGUUGGUCCAGGCACACUAAGUUACAGGAGCUUACUGAUUUGGGGUCCCUUAUAUGUUAUUUAUUAUUAUUGUUUAGGUUCUUGGACUAAGUCACUAGCCUGUGAUGCUAUGUUUAAGUAAUUCUGAAAGUAUUUUAUUACUAAAACAGUUCAUCUCUGUAAAGUGGAGACGGCUCCUAAGAUUUGACACCCAAAUCCCACACAGCAGGAACAGGCCUCCCUCAACAGCUCCUUAAUAAUCUGAGGAAGAAACUAUUGUAUGUCCUUGGUGAGAUAAAUACUUUCUAAAUUUGGCUUCAGGUUCACUCCCCAUAUGUUCCUGUCAGUGCAUUGCGGUGCAUAGUUCUGCUCCACAGGAGUGAAACCUGGACUGUACCGCCUUAGAAACCAAAAGGACAUUUACAUCCAUAAAGUGCUGAAACAAAGUAAUAGAAAAACAUUCUGACACACUGCUGUUUAGUGUGACUGCUGCUCAUGUCUAACCCUCAGCCCCUCAGCUGUGCUAACACAGGGAAUGUGGAACUGUACCUGCAGUCUGAGGUCUUUGGAGAAAAGAGAGAAUGUAUGAAUGAGGUAUAGGGUGUUUUUACUCGUGGUUAGCAGACUCUAGUUUCAUGCUGCAAAGCCCGGUUACAAGACUGAAGGCUAAUAAUGACAAUGAUGUUUUUUAUGGGCUGUCUCUUUCUCAGCCGUCUGGGCUACUGAUGUCAUAGUUAAGGUAAGUUUCCGUUCACCCCUGAGCUCCGUCAGCCUCCAGACAGGUUAAUGGAGUGGUGCAGGAAUGAGUCCUUAAACACAGAAAUUAGUGAGCAUUUUCUUACUUCCAGUUCCCUCACAUCGAAGUCAAUUCUUUAUUAACAUGCUUUUGGUCAGAAGCCUGAAAUAAGGACUUCAUGUGUCAUAAACACGGCGGCUGCUAACAAGUGAUCACAUGGGGGUGCUGAACAUUAGCCGCCUUUAGCUUAGCGGUUAUGAUGUAAAGUCAUGUGACCAUGCUGUAUUUGGUUUAUAGCAGGGGUGUCCAAACUAUGGCCCGGGGUCCAAAUGCGGCAUGUUGUGCAUUUCUAAUUGGCACUCAGCCAAUUCUGAAGUAUAAUGGUAUACGGCCCAUAAAUGAAACUAGUGCUGGUCUUUUAUUGUACUUAAAUGUAUUUGUUGACAUAUGUUAAACAGGAGCAUGUGUUAAUAAGCCCACAAUUCAAAUAAAUUCAGUCACUUAAAGUUGAAAACAUUUCCUAAAACAUCUGGUUGAUUAGUUAGUUUAUUUCCCCUUAUUAUCAGCACUCUGAGGCUUCUGUUUUAAGGGAUGAGCUGCCACAAGAUAAAUGAAACCCCUGUGAUGUUUCUUAAAUCAUAUUCAAACAUCAAUAAUAAUUUGCCAACAUUUGACUGAUAUUGCUAACUUAUAAUAUACCUCAAGUCCGUUGAGGGGCCCAGCCCUUCGUAUCAUUUGAUGUAUGUGGCCCUCACACCCCUGGUUUAUUGCCUUUAGUUAGCUUUGACUUGUGGCGAUUGCAUUCCAGCAGAUUCACUGUGACGUUUCAGCAUUUAUAAAAGUGGUGUUAGCAUGUAAAGAUGAUCCUGCUGAACACAACGUGAAAGUAUCUUAAACAUGUUUUUGUCAACAAUCUUAUUUUAUGGACUAUUCCAAAAUCCAAUGGAGAAAUCCCAUUGACUUUGUUGGAUAGUAAAAGGAGAGCUGGGGUUGCUAUAUGCUUCUUAUUUCCAGGUUUAGGACUCAUUACUGCACCACUCUAUGGGGGACAAGAAUUACCUUCUGCCUACACUAGUGGGCGAGGUUGUAUUUGAUCUUUUUCUUACACUAAUAUUUUUUCUGUUGUAGGUAUUCAGUUGUGAAAUUAGAAUAUGUUUCUAAUAGGAUAUCAGUUUUAGAUUGUAUGGGCCGUUCAAGAGUCCUCUGGCUCUCUGCCGUGUGUUGUGUGAGCAUUAUGGAACAUUAUGAGGCAGCUGAUCCAUAUUCCUAAAUAUUCCACUCAAUCAGACUGUAUGACUUGUAUAGUAUUUUAUAAACGUAAUAAUAUUGACUAGUUUAUAUACUGUUCCCAGGUCUGGUCCUCAGUCAAAAACCUAAACCAGCUGCAAGUGUCAAUCAACAGCACCUUUAAGAUAACAUUAAAACACAAGUCUGUGCAGGAUUUUAUUUAUCAUAUUUAGGUAGAACUUGGAUUUGAACUGUUGGUUCAGGUGUGAGGAGAAAGGGAGGGGUGAUGCACUCUUAACUUUGAAUGUUGUUAUUGGCAUAAAAGACAGAGGUAUGUAUUAUUUUGCUUAUGACUGCCUAGAAAUCCCUACAUUGCAAGCGUACCUGAAGGGAUGAGUGCUUGUUGCCGCUGCGGACUUGUGAGCAUGACAAUAUUUGUGAAGCAUGAGUGCAUGUUUCCAAGGCUUUAUGGAAGUGUGUGUGAGCUGUGAGGAGUUUAUAUGAGCUGAACCCAAAACACAGCAGCUGCAGUGUGAGGAUACAAAAAGAGCUUUCUACUUUUGAUAAAUCACUUAUGUCAGAUAAUAAUACAUUUUAUUUAUCUUGCGCUUUAUCAGGUGCUCAAAGAUGCUUUUCAGAGGUAAACCAUGAAUGUGUACGUGCACUUUACAUGCCUCAUUCUGUGACUCUGCAGAGAAGAGAGCUCUAAUAGUUCAGUGGUAACUUGUGUAUACAUCAUACAGCUGUUUCCAUUUAUACACCUGCAACUUCCUCGUUACCAUAUGAUUUAUAUGCUCUAAAUCUGUGGACACACUAUCAAGUAAACUCAAGGUCAACUGAACAAAGGGAUGUGUAUACACUGAAAAAAACUGAAACGUUGACUUUAAUUUUAUGUCAACAAGUUCCACAUCACUGUAUUAGGUUAGUUGAAAGCAAUAAUAUUAUGUUUAAAUAAAACUGUUUAUGUUCAACUUAAUAUUGUUGCUUUCCACUAACCUAAUACAGUGAUGUGGAACUUGUUGACAUUAAAUUAAAGUCAACGAGAAGAAGAGGAUGAUAUGAUCAGAAUACGACUCUGAAACAACAUCGAUUUGAUGUGAUGUUGUAUCACUGAAGUGAACUGUCUGUCAAAAGGCUUUAAAGGGAAAUAAAAAUGAAUAAUGAGUUAUAAUUGCACUGCAUUCCAUGUUGUCUGAAGUCAUGUGAUCAGGGUCCCGCCCAUGGGGAUGCUAAGUGAAUCAGUGUGUGCACGCACACUCCUGUAGCAUCUGAUUGUCAGCUUCUUUGAAUAUGACAUAUACAAGUUUGCCUUUAUAGAGCUGUUCAUAUUCCCACAGUGUGUAUCUCAGAGCUGCAGAGGCAACCCUAACAGUGAUUCACCCUGUAAGGCCCCCGGUCAUAAUUUUACAACAUCACUUGAAGCUAUCCUAAAAAAUUCAGUAAUUGUUUUGUUUUUUUUAAUACUAAUUUACAUAGUCAAAAGGACAUUUUGUUCAGCCCCCAAUCCUAUUGGGUAGUAAAUGUGUUUACAGUUCCUGCCCUCUGGCCAUAAACUCACACAACGUCCAAAUCUCAAAACCAAGCAAUGUCUCUGUCAGGGGCGAACUUACGGGCAUGAACCCAAACGCACGACUCAGAGACAAGGGGUUUCAGGAAAAGUCCUUUUACUGGAUUGACCUCAGUACAAUGGCUUUCACAAACAAAAAACACUCUUUUGAGGGAAAAAACCUGAUCUAAAGACUACGAAAACAAUACCACUCGUAUGAGGGAAAAAAACAUAACUGAGACAAGGGUCUAGGAGUAUACAUGAGCCUGGGGCUAGAUGGAGACACAGGUAGAAACAAUCAGGGCGGGGAAGACAAUCACGAAAGAGUGAGACACACGGGGGCGGGGAGCACAGAGACCUGAAACGAGAGGGGAAUUAAUCUUCAACAUAAAACAGGGAGGCACAAGACAACAAAGGGACAGGAUGAAAACUAAUAUAAAUAAAACAACAUUAUUUUUCGAGACAUGACAAUCUCUUUGUUUUAUUGGAUUUGGAUUUGUCAAAUUCAAGUAAGUGAAAUAGAAUUUGGUGAUUAUAACAAUGUACAUGUACAUAUUUAGUUAUUGAGGAAUACAUUCAUGAAAUUGUAUUUUGAUUAAUUUAAUUUUACAUUGCAAUAUCACAACAUUUCCCUAAAAACGUACAAAAAUGUGAAAACUCUCAUUUCUGCACCAGAAGCUUCUCCUACAACAUCUGAAAGGUAAAAAAUCACAAUCAAUUCAUCCUGGGCCACGUCAGCAUUAUAGUUGCACUCAAAGGGUGUGUGGUUAGAUUGAAACUAUAUAAAUAUAUCUUCUUUAUAAUAUCACAUACCCAUGCAUUUAUGAGAUUAAGAAAGUCUCAACAUCAUCACUAUUUAAGUGCUGUCUUGACUACAUGUGCAUACCUCUGUACCCCUGAAUUCAAUGUCU